CAGAGCACUGCAAGCUGCAGAUUGGCCAUGUCAAAUGGGAUGCCUAGUGCCUGGAUCUGACCUGCUAAUUUCACCCCUUCUCUCCCAGCCAUCAGUGAUGCACAUCUAAAACAGAAGUCAAAUGGCCAACAUGGGGGGUGUUAACAAAGAAGCAGUCGAACAAUACUUGGAGAACAACCCACAAUUCGCCAAGGAAUACUUUGACAGGAAGCUCAGGCCAGAAACAAUUAGUGCAAUCUUCAAUGGGGCAAAGGUGGAAUUGGGAGUCGGGGCUUCCUUCAAAGACCUGUCCAAGCUGGAGGAGUCCGACAUUAUCUUUGAGCUGGUCAAGGAGCUGCAGGAUGACUCCAAUGUCGAGAAGCAGAUACACAAGAUACUGCAAAGGAUUGUCUCCCUGGUCAGUGCGGACCGAGGCAGCUUGUUCACAUUCAGAUCAAGGAAUGGCAUUGCAGAGCUGGCCACACGACUGUUCAAUGUGACCAGAGACUCCAGCUUUGAGAAUAAUCUUGUGUCUCCCCAAGGCGAGAUUGUUUUCCCACUGGAUAUCGGGGUAGUGGGAUGGACAGCAAAAACCAAGAAGAUACAAAAUAUUCCUGACGUUACAAAGGAUGUCCACUUUUCUGAAUUUGUUGAUAAACAGACUGGCUACACAACUUCUAACAUGUUAGCUGCCCCUUUGAUGCAGGGGAAGGAGAUAUUAGCCGUCGUAAUGGUGAUCAACAAAAUUGGUGAACUACAAUUCACCAAAGAAGACCAGGAGGUUUUUACAAAAUACCUUAGUUUUGCAUCUUUAGCACUGAGAUACUCACAUUUGAGUUACCUGUACAACGUGGAAAGCCGACGAUCCCAGAUCCUUCUGUGGUCUGCCAACAAGGUAUUUGAAGAACUUACAGACAUUGAACGCCAAUUUCACAAAGCUCUAUACACCGUUCGCGUUUAUUUAAAUGUCGAAAGAUACUCAGUUGCUCUUCUGGACAUGACUAAGCAAAAGGAGUUCUUUGACGAAUGGCCAAUCAAGAUGGGUGAGGUCCCUCCUUACAAAGGCCCGAAGACCCCAGAUGGCAGAGAAAUCCACUUUUAUAAGAUCAUUGACUACUUGUUGGUGGGGAAAGAGGAAAUCAAAGUCAUCCCGUCACCUCCUGCAGAUCAUUGGUCCCUUGUGAGUGGGCUGCCAACCUAUGUGGCUGAAAAUGGCUUUAAAGAACCUGUGGAUGAAACCGGCUGGAUUAUAAAAAAUGUCUUGUCAUUGCCGAUUGUGAAUAAGAAAGAAGAGAUAGUGGGAAUAGCUACAUUUUACAACAGGAAAGAUGGGAAGCCGUUUGAUGAGUACGAUGAACAGAUCACUGAAACCCUGACACAGUUCCUGGGAUGGUCGCUUCUGAAUACAGACACUUAUGACAAAAUGAAUAAACUAGAAAGCAGGAAAAAUAUUGCUUCGGAAAUGCUAAUGUAUCAUUCUAAGUGCACCGAGAAAGAACUUCAGACCAUUUUGAAAACAAAAGAGAUGUUGGACAAAGAUACUGCAGAUUGUGAACAAAAAGAUAUGCUAAAGAUCUUGCAAGAAGAACUACCUGACCCAACUGACGUUGAGCUCUAUGAAUUCCACUUCAGUGACUUGGAUGUUUCAGAAUUGGAUCUAAUCAAGUGUGGAAUUCGGUGCUUCUUUGAAAUAAAUGCAGUCAUAAAGUUCAAGAUACCAGCAGAUGUAUUGACCCGAUGGAUGUACACUGUCAGAAAAGGUUACCGUGAUAUUACCUACCACAACUGGCGCCAUGGAUUCAAUGUGGGGCAAACUAUGUUUACACUUCUCAUGACAGGUAAAAUAAAGAAGUACUACACGGAUCUUGAAGCUUUCGCUAUGAUUACAGCAGCAUUUUGUCAUGAUAUUGAUCACCGAGGCACCAAUAAUUUAUACCAGUUAAAAUCACAAGCAGCUUUAGCAAAAUUACAUGGGUCUUCGAUUUUGGAAAGGCAUCACCUUGAAUACAGUAAAACAUUACUUCAGGAUGAGAGCUUAAACAUUUUUCAGAACCUGAAUCAACGUCAAUAUGAAACCGUCGUCCAUUUAAUGGAAGUUGCGAUAAUUGCUACUGACUUGGCCUUGUAUUUCAAGAAAAGGACAAUGUUUCAGAAAAUUGUAGACUAUGUUGAAAAAUCAGAGACUGAAGAAGAAGCAAUAAAGUAUAUUUCUUCUGAUCCAACCAAAAAGGAAAUUGUUAUGGCAAUGAUGAUGACAGGAUGUGACUUGUCAGCCAUUACUAAGCCAUGGGAAGUACAAAGCAAGGUUGCACUUAUGGUUGCUAAUGAAUUCUGGGAACAGGGCGAUCUGGAACGAACAGUUUUACAGCAACAACCUAUCCCAAUGAUGGACAGAAACAAAGCAGAUGAACUCCCCAAGUUACAAGUUGGUUUCAUCGACUUUGUGUGUACCUUUGUGUACAAAGAAUUUUCAAGAUUCCACAAAGAAAUAACACCAAUGUAUGAGGGACUCCAGAACAACAGAGUUGAAUGGAAAUUACGAGCUGAUGAAUACGAUGCAAAGAUGGCUUUGAUUGAAAAACAAAGGAAGGAACAAGAAGAAAUGACAGUGAAAAAAGCAGUGAAUGGAGAAGUUGAAGCUGGAGAUGAAGGAAAGGAAGGCAAACGUGGUGGAAAAUCCAGAACAUGUGAAAUAUUUUAAAACUUUGUGAAUAGACUCUUGGGUGCAUUACAAACUGUUUAACAAUGACUCGCCAAUAGAUUAAUCAGAUUAUGAGUACAAGUUCACCAAGUAUUUAAACAAUCAUUUUAAAAUAAUUUUGUUUUUGCAAUGUGUACACCAAGGCUUAUUUAUUGCCCAUUCGUAAAUGCCCUUU